GCAGUUUUUGGGUUUAGAUUAGACCUGGUCCUCAUUCUUCAACAGAGUCUCUCUCUAUUCUCUUCCCUUUUCUUACUAUUCUUCUUCUUCUUCUUCUUCUUCUUCCUUAUCUUCCAUAACACAGUGAACCGAUCUAUUCCUUUCUCCCAAUCUCUGAAAUGGCCGAUCACUUAGCGAGAGCAGAAGAUUUCGAGAAGAAAGCUGAGAAGAAGCUCAGCGGUUGGGGCUUAUUCAGUUCCAAAUACGAUGACGCCGCCGAUCUCUUCGAUAAAUCUGCUAAUUCCUUCAAACUCGCUAAAUCAUGGGACAAAGCGGCAGCGACAUACCUAAAGUUGGCGAAUUGUCAUUUGAAGAUGGAAAGCAAGCAUGAGGCUGCACAGGCUUAUGUUGAUGCUUCACAUUGCUAUAAAAAGACUAAUAUAAGUGAGGCUGUAUCGUGCCUAGACCAUGCUGUGAAUCUUUUCUGUGAUAUUGGCAGACUCUCUAUGGCUGCUAGAUAUUUGAAGGAAAUUGCAGAGUUAUAUGAGUCCGAACAAAAUAUUGAGCAGGCUGUUGUUUACUUUGAAAAAUCAGCUGAUUUUUAUCAAAAUGAAGAGGUGACAACUUCUGCAAACCAGUGCAAGCAGAAAGUGGCCCAAUUUUCUGCUCAGCUGGAACAAUAUCAGACAUCUAUUGAUAUUUAUGAAGAGAUUGCUCGCCAGUCUCUAAACAAUAAUCUGCUGAAGUACGGAGUUAAAGGCCAUCUUCUCAAUGCUGGCAUUUGCCAACUCUGCAAAGGGGAUCCUGUUGCCAUAAGCAAUGCUUUAGAGAGAUAUCAGGAAUUAGAUCCAACAUUUUCAGGAACACGCGAGUAUAGAUUAUUGGCGGAUGUUGCUGCCGCAGUUGAUGAAGAAGAUGUUGGAAAGUUUACUGAUGUCGUCAAGGACUUCGAUAGCAUGACCCCUCUGGAUUCUUGGAAGACAACGCUUCUUUUGAGGGUGAAGGAAAAGCUGAAAGCCAAAGAGCUUGAGGAGGAUGAUCUCACAUAAGCUGUAAUCAAAUAUUAGUUGGACAUAAUAUUUGAUUUUCUGUUCUAUGAUUGUGUGUUCUAUUGUUCUGCCCUAUACAUGUAUUUUAGAGUGUACUUGUUAUGGUUUCAAUUGAAUCGGUUGGAUUGAAUUCAAGAAAUGAGUUGAAAUGAGGUUGCUUGAGUAUGAAUGAAACUACUAUAAUUUCUUGUUUACACAUUGUUUAUGCGAGCCCGGUUAUUUUUUU